CGCACCACGAGCAUUACCCCCCCCACACACACUGCUCCACCAUCACCAACUACGACUCCUACUCCUCUCUCCCAACAGAGACAGAGAGAGAUCGAGAGAGGAGCACAACCCGGGACGAAGUCCUUCCCCACAACCUCAAACCACCCCCUCCCCCGCCACAUCUGGCGUGCGGUCGCCACAUCGUCACAAUGGGUGACGCGGAGCCCACUCCGUUGCCAACCGCGGGGGUCGCCACCGCCACCUCCAUCGCCUCCUUCGGCAGCUCCGGCAGCUCCGGCUCGGGGGGGGCAGGAUCGUCGGCGCCGCUGCACGUCAACGUGGGGGGUCUCCGGGAGCGCCUGGCACGCGGGAGCGCCCGCCGGUUCCCGCACUCGCGCCUGGGCAAGCUGGCACGCUGCGAGAGCCACGAGCAGGCGCUGCGCCUCUGCGACGACUACUGCGACGCCGCCGGCGAGUUCUACUUCGACCGCAACCCGGCGGCAUUCCGCGGCGUCCUCAACCUGUACCGCACGGGACGCCUGCACCUCAUCGAGGAGCUGUGCGUCUUCUCCUUCAGCCAGGAGCUCGAGUACUGGGGCGUGCAGGACUACUACAUGGGCUCCUGCUGCAGCUACAAGUACCACGAGCGCAAGGAGAACUGCGGGGACAGCGGGGAGUUCGACGAGGAUGACGACGACGAGGAGGGAUUCACUCACGAUGACGAUGACGACGGCGGCGGAAGUGGCGGCAGCGAUGACGGCGGUGGCGGUGGUGGCGCCGGGGGGGAGAGGGCCCCACCCAAGGGCUCCCCCGAGGAGGAGAUGGCAUCCGUGGAGAGGGACAUGGAGGAGUUCACGCGCAAGUGCUGCGGCCAGCGGAGGCGCCUGCUGUGGCUGACCCUGGAGAACCCGGACUUCUCAGCCUUCGCUCGCGUCAUCGCCGCCGUCUCCGUGCUUGCCGUGCUCACGUCCGUCGCGGCCAUGUGCGUCAACAGCAUGCCCGAGUUCCAGGCGGCCGCGCGCCGGCGCGGCGCCGUCAGCGCCGGUGGCGCCACGGCGGCCGAGGAGCCCGAGGAGGAGAGGGGCGCGCUGGCGCAGGUGGAGCGCGUGUGCAUCGCGUGGUUCACCGCCGAGCUGGUGCUGCGGAUGGCGGCGGCGCCGCGGCUCGACCGCUUUGUGCGCGAGCCCCUGAACGUCAUCGACGCCGUCUCCGUGUUGCCCUACUACGCCACCGAGGCGGUGCGCGCGCUGCUCUCGAGCGGCGUGCGCGUGCGCGACGUGGGGCGAGUCACGCAGUCGCUCAGGCUGUUGCGCGUCUUCCGCAUCCUCAAGCUGGCGCGCCACUCGGCGGGCCUGCGCUCGCUGGGCGAGACACUGGCGCACAGCCACAGCGACAUCGGCGUGCUGCUCCUCUUCCUCGUCACGGGCAUCCUCAUCUUCGCCUCGCUCGCCUACUACCUGGAGCGCGACGACGGCGAGAACAUGGGCACCAUCCCUCUCUGCUACUGGUGGGCGACCAUCAGCAUGACCACGGUGGGCUACGGCGACGCGGUGCCCACGACGCCCGCCGGCAAGGCGGUGAGCGUCUGCUGUGUCCUCUGCGGCAUCCUCAUCAUGUCCAUGCCCGUCACCAUCAUCUUCAACAAGUUCAUCAAGUACUACCGCCGACAGAAGGCGCGCGAGGUCACCCUGCGCCGGCGGCUGGCCCGGGACGCUCUGCCGAGGGAACUCUUUGAGUCGCACCGCGACGACGACGACGACGAUGACCUUGACCGCGACCUCGGCGACGGCAGGACGGGGAAGGUCCACAGGGUGGUCGUGGGGCUGGUCUCCGCGUCUGCGCUCGGGGUGGGCCUCGGAGUCGGCGCCGACCCGGGCCUCUGCGUGGGGCCACGCGGAUCCUUCGCCUCGGGCUCGCGGGGCCGCGGGGGGCGCAGGCGGCCGUGCCGCACGUGGGCAGCGCUGGCCGAGCGCCUCCUGCCAUCGUCAUCCGGCACCGGCGGCGGGGGGAGGCGGCGGAGUGGCGGGACGCCCGGGGGGACGCCCGGGGGGACGCCCGCGUCCCCGGCUCACGGCCGCGGGGACCUCGAGCUGAGGCCGUUGGGGGACGCCGUGGGCCUCGCGCAGGCACGGGACAUCGGGCCGGGCCGGAAGGUCUACCAGCCGGUGGAGUGAGAGGGCCGUGGGCCGCAGGUCGUGAAUGAGCCCAACGUCUGUGGGAGGCUGCUGCGCUCCCUCCCUACUGCCACCACCGCCACCACCACCACCGCCACCUACACCGCCACCACUACCGCCACCACCACCUACACCGCCAACCACCACCACCCACAAGCACCCACCACCACCCUGCCGAAUUACAGCUACAGCACUCACCUGGCUCAGACACCCCCUUAAGCUCCGGAAUGCCAACAAACCUUCAUGCCAAGCUGCCGCUGCUGCCACUAUCGCUCGUCGGUGGUGGAGCCUCCACCCCAACCUCGACUACCAUAGCCUCAGUAGCUUCGCCAACUUGGUGUCAGAGUCAACCCGUGGAAAAUGACGACGAUGAUGAUGAUGGCAGUGGUGUUUGAUGCAAGGGUUGUGUUUGACCUGCAUCAUUCACCAUGCCGGCUCCAUGGACAGGAGGGGCCCGAGGGGGGCCACAACGAGGAGUUUUGACGUCGUCGUUUACGCCGUUGCCGUUCAACCGUGGCCGGGAAACCACCCGCAGGUCUCUCCCAUCCGUGGGCGCAGAUGCACCGACCGAUGCGCUGCCACUCCUCCGCCGAAUUGCGCUGGUGGUACAAUAAGAAGAGAACUGACGGAAUCGUUGACCUUGCUGAUUAUUAGGCACUCAAACGAAUGUGUGCAUUCUUAAUUUUGGAGCUUUCGUGACUGCAGGAAUUAUUCUUUGGUUUUUUCGGUAAAGUCACGUAUAAAAAUAAAAUAAGAAAUAAAAUUAUUUAAUUUAUUAUUUUAUUUUUAUACGUGACUUUACCGAAAAAACCAAAGAAUGUGUGCAUGUCAAAUCGUUACUCCCGAUCCAUGGGAUUAGGCUCGAUUUCCCAGUCCAUGACACCGUAUAUGGGCAAAGGCUUAUACCCCUUUUGGUUAAUGCCAUGCCCAGCUUCUUCCAUAUUUGCAUAUAUUGGAGGGG